GCUUUGAAGUGCUGUGUGGACCCCGCACCUCAGGGCACCGGUCAGAAUGGCAUCAGAUGAGGGGAAACUCUUUGUCGGCGGACUGAGUUUUGACACCAAUGAGCAGUCAUUGGAACAAGUCUUCUCGAAAUAUGGACAAAUUUCUGAAGUUGUGGUGGUGAAAGACAGAGAGACUCAGAGAUCCAGAGGUUUCGGCUUUGUUACUUUUGAAAAUAUAGACGACGCUAAAGAUGCAAUGAUGGCCAUGAAUGGAAAGUCUGUAGACGGACGUCAGAUCAGAGUUGAUCAGGCUGGAAAAUCCUCAGAGAACAGAUCUCGUGGAUACAGAGGGGGGUCUUCUGGGGGCAGAGGCUUUUUCCGUGGCGGCAGAGGUCGGGGCCGUGGCUUCUCUAGAGGAGGUGGAGACAGAGGCUAUGGCGGAAGCAGAUUUGAUUCCAGAAGUGGAGGAUACAAUGGCUCCAGAGACUACUAUAAUAGCAGCAGGAGUCAAGGUGGCUAUGGUGACAGGUCUUCAGGAGGAUCCUACAGAGACAGCUAUGACAGUUACGGUAAGUCUUGGUUCAAAUGGGAAUGAUGAGUACGUAUGCUGUAGGAACUCUCUAAACCUUCUGACCCUGUACUCGAGUCUGGAAAUACUGUAAGGCUCAGUUGGACUGUACCACUAUUUCUGUUCUUGCCCGUAAGAACCAAUCUGUCAGGCUUCGGAUGUGGUUGUGCCGUUUAAAUUUCUAAUUUGUAAUGCAUGUGUAGGAGUUGCUUGGAUCUAAGGCAAAGCAAGUUUUUAAAAUACGUUCCUCGAGCUUGAGACUAAGACAAAACUCGGAUGCCCUAACAAACUUUAAUCAAGGGUGGGGGAGUUCUCUUACGAUGUAGCGAACUAGCACUAGCUUCUGAAAUAAUGCAAGGGAGUAAAAUGCUGGAACUUGUCUAUGCUUCAGUGCCUUUACAAUUGUGCCUGCUUCUUGUCCUCAGCUACACACAACGAGUAAAAAUCCUUCCUGACUCAAGAUCGUCCUUCCAAUGGCUGUAUUUAUAAAGAUUUUUGGAGCUUCGCUGAAAUCGUUAUUGUGUAGUACAUCUACUUGUAUUUUCACUUUUGUAGUAUUAUCAGUUCUAAUCUUGUCAAACACAGCCUGACAGCUUCUGAUAUAAGAUGGUCUAAUUAGACUUUUCUUUAAGAAAGCUCUGCUUUCAAGUGUUUUUAAUCUUUUUUGAAAGCACUUCAGAUUUUAUUUUAUCCUUCAUGAUGAGCCAAGGUGUUUUUUUUAAAGUUGUGAAGUUGGGGCCCCAAUUCAGUUUCUUUUGAGAUAGAAAGGACCUUUAAUUCAAUGUUCACUGGAAGCUGAACAAGCUGUGGACUUUUUUUUUAAGUGCAUUACCUUCGUCUUUUGUAACAUUCCUUUAGUGUAGCAAGGUAGGAAUGCAGCCUGGGUACAAAUUGGAAGGCAAACCACCUUGAUAUAUCUAAAGAGAAACUUGCUUGUAUGUUCAACCUGCAUAACGGUAUUUUUACUGUUGUAAUGAUGUAAAUUACCCAGAAAUAGACUUGCAAACUUACCAUAAAAGAGGUUCUUGAAAAUGUUUAUUUAUAUUGUCCUUUUUUACUGGAAGAAAUAUGCAUAUUCCAUUGAUAUUGUAUUUGAAGUGGUAAAGGAUUCUUGUAUACAGUUUUCUUUGGCUUUACGAAGCCUAUUAAAAGACCGUCUGAAAUGAACUCUGCUCCUGACAUUUACAUUUCAUUGCACAACACAAUCCUUGAAGAUGAAGAACAGUCUAAGUAGUAGAGGAUGCCAGAGGAGAGGAGAAGACUAGCGAUAGUGUAAGAGCAAGCCAGAUUUAUUGACCAGUUGCUAGAAUUUAAUCUUAAAUCGGUCUUGACAUGGGAAUUCGUCAACAUACUUUCACAUAAGAAUAGUCAAACUUGUCUAGAGGCAGAGGACUGAAAGUAUAUGCCUUAGGAUGUUCUAGUACUCAAAGCCUAAGUCAGCAGAAGUGGAGGGAAUGCUAGUGCUAGGUAGGAUAAUUGAUGUUUCCUGAAAACACUGAAGUAGCCUACAUUGAAAAGCUGUAGUGAAGAAUCAGUCCUUUAGUAACUGGACUAGUUACUAGCUUGACAAGAGUGUUCAAUGGUAGGUAAAUUGCCGUAAUUAGCUAGCUUUGUCAUUGCCUUACAAGUUCUAAGAAUUCUUUGCUAGCAUAUGGAAACUGCAGUGUCCUUGGAGAAAAGAAGUGUUGUGCCUCCAACAGAAACCUCUGAGACGAAAGCUGCUCUCUUGGCUAGUUCAUAUGUGGAAAUAGUCCUGUAAUUCGAGGUAACUCCUUUUGCUCAUGUCCGCAUCCUUCCUCUUGUUGAGAGCUCAUUUGAAAGUCUAAUGUACCUGUGAAAUAUUCCUUUGACAAUUUUGGUCAACUGAUGGAAAAAUUUUAACCCAUGCCGUAUGCAACCUUUGGCUUGUGGCACAACUUCAGUUCCACAGAUCAGAGUUGGGCAUGCAGUCAUGUCUUGCUAGUAGGUAUGGAAGCAAGAUGGGAAACGAAUUCCCUGACUUGAUAUGUGUUCAUCUAUUGAGAAUCUUCCUAGACUUCAUUAAGUUGCUCACUUAAUUGUAGCUUUCUUUGCCAUCCUACUUGUUGCCAUUAACUUUUUCCCAUAGCCCACACUUCCUAAGCAGCCAUGUCAAAGUGGUUAACUCUCUGCUUAGGGAUCAAAUGAUACUUUGGCUGGCAUAUCAAAGGCAUCAGCCGGCCCUGGAACAGUUUUCCCAGACUGUGCUUCUGUGAUGUGAUGGGUUCAGCGAAUGGCUUGUGAAACCCUCGUAUAUGAUGUGACUUGUGUUGGGGGAGGUGGG